GCCGUCGCUCGUCGCGCGUCCGUCGAGGCAGUAGGGCGCGUCUUCCGGCGCGGGCGCCGCCGCGGGAUAAAAGAUCUUCACGCGGCACGAGCCCGAGCCGUCGCUAGCGGGGACGCGUGCGACGCGACACCCGACGGGCCUCGGCAGCGCCGGCGCGCGGGGCUGGCCGACGACGGCGAGCGCGGCGCCGCCGCGGAAGGCGGCGACGCCGCCCAGCGGCAGCGCUAACGUUCGCAGCGCCUCGGCGCGCGACACGUCCGGGAGAGUUAGGGCGGUUGCUCUGCUAGCUACGACGAGGAGAAUUGCGCACCGCAUCAUGCUUCGGACAGGUGACGGAUAACUGCGCAAAUGGUCAUCCAGUCACAACUCAGCGGCUGACUGGGCAGUGGCUGCACUGACUGUGGAGACGUUUAGGCCUCAAAGUCUUGGAGGCAGCGGCAACACACCGUUGUCUGAGUCUCGCACGCGAGAGGAUUCGGCAGCUCAAUGCUUUAUUCACAGCGCUUUUCCAAAGUUUAGCAGACGACCCGGGAUCUCACGCUAGCGUUUAUGUAAGACACUAGCAAUCUACACGAAAAAUCGACCAAGCCUGACGCGAGGCGAGGCUGUCCUAGGGAUUACCCAUGGGGUCGUGAGACACACAUAACGCUGUCCCAGACGCCCUCGACGAGCAAGGGCAGCCAUGCUCCUGCUGCUGCUCAUCACCACAGCGACGGCCGAAUUCCUCCGCGGCGCCACACAUAUACAACUGGCGGGCUGCAACGCCGACUGCGGCCGCCUCGAGGUCAAGCUGUCGGAUGACGACGCCUGGCGCGCCGUGACUUCCAGUAAUUGGACGCGGGCCGACGCGAUCAAAACCUGCGCGCGGCUCGGGUUUGAGGACGUCGCUUCCAUCUCGUCGCCCUUCGCGGCCGCGGCGGCGCGCGGCGACCGCGCCGUCCUUGGAUUUGAUGGGAGCGUCCGGACGUGCGUUGGCGGCGAGUGUUCGAUGCCAGCAGUUGGCGUCGCCUGCCGCGCGCGCGGUCCCGUCCGCGACACGGCCGCCGCCAUGGCGCGCAUCGACGCCUGGGCGCCUUUGAGAAGCGCGCGCCUGCGUGCGGCGCUAAGCGUCUCUGGUGAAGGCAAUGCGACGUUGUCGGAGUUGACCGUAUCCAUAGAUGAUAUAGAAGCGGCGCGUGCGUUACCUUUUGAUGGCGCGGAUCGCCGAGAUGCGCUCCGAGCGCAACGACGGACUAUCGAGUUCUUGGAACGACAUCCAAGGGCAGCGGCUGCUUUACAGAGACUCCAAGCGCGAGGUUUACUCGAGGUCACGCCCAUUGGCAUCGUCCUGCGGGAGGGCACGUCUUCAGAUGACGCGGAGCUCGCCUACGAAGCUUACUUAGCCUCGGACCCUAAUGGUGAUGUCCACUUCGAGAUCGAUGGUAAAAGGCGCCUGGUCCCUUCACCUUCCACAAACGACGCCGUCCUGGCACUGCGGCGGGACGGCGUCGCGCGUAUCCGGGAUUGGGGCGUCCUCACCGAUGGCAUUGCAAAGAAAGCGACGCGGUCCCUCCAAGGCUCGCGGGAAACACUCUCUUCCACAUCAAACGGGCGCGUGGCGACGGCGCGGUAUGCCGAUAAACGUCUAGAGCGCUUCUUUCGUUCUAUCAAUGAGAUCGCGUCGGGCUAUCUGGGAGAUGCGCAGCUCUCGGGCUACAAAGUCGUGCACAUCGUCAGGCCCUGUGUGGAAAUCAACUGCGUCUGCUCGAUGGCGUGGGGGUCACGAAGGUCUCCGAACUCACUGGUUGAUUUCCACACAGGACACGACGUCGUCCAACGACACCGAGAGUUACGUCGCGGGCCUCUGGCACCACGACCGCGUCGGUAAUAGGUUGAAGGCCUUCGUGUUUCUGCACGACGUCGACUGCGACGAGGGCCAUCCCACGGAGGUGGCCGUCGGGUCGCACCUAUUGAACUAUUACCGGACGGACGCGAUGGGUGCUUCACGAUUUAGUAAUGACUACGUGCGCGACCAUUACGAGGUCGCGAAGCUCUGUGGCUCGAAGGGCGGCGGGUUCGUCGUGGAUACGCAUACGCUGCACCGCGGCGCCGUCGAGGGGUCGUUGCCGCGGACGGUAGUCGUCGGCGAGUACCAUUCUAUCGGAAAAUGCGCCGCCAUGGACGCCCUGGGGUUGGGGCUGCCGUGCCCUUCCGGGGACCAGUUUCUUGUGUCGUAACCGUUGUUUAGUUG